CUUUUAAGAAGUCAAAAUCCAAGACGAAACUCUGCUUAAAAAUCACCUAAGCUCCUUAUGUUGUGCUAAAAUUAGCCCCAUGAGAGAAUAGAGAUUCCUUGAAAACUUUAGCCAUUCCUGACAGAAGGGAGAUUCCUUGAUAACUUUAGCCAUUGACGUUUUGGGCUUCCUGGGUCCUCCCAAAACUCUUAAUUGCUGUCUCCAAUCGGAUUCUAUAGUAAUUUAUGUUAUUUUCAAUUUGCAUUAUUCUUAUACCACCUUAUCGAUGACAUUUCGUUGGAACCUGUUCAUUCUCACCUGUACUUUUUAUUUCCCUUAUUUCCCUUAAAUUUCGAUAAUGAUGGCUGAAGUUAUUCCUGCAGUUUUCUCCAAUGGAUUCAGAUUUUUUGGUAGAAAUUUUCGGCAGGAUAAUUUUGAAUUUUCCUUGGAUCAGCAAGUACUUUUAAAGAUGUAUUUGAUUGAAGAUAAAGGAGGUGCCAUUGCACUUAUGCUGGCUGCCUUGUUAUUCUUGGGCACUUGGCCUGCUGUUUUAAGUCUCUUAGAGAGGAGGGGUCGUCUACCGCAGCACACUUAUCUUGAUUACUCAAUCACAAAUCUUUUGGCUGCCGUUCUUAUUGCUUUAACUUUCGGUCAAAUUGGAGAUAGCAAGCUGAAUACGCCAAAUUUUUUCACUCAGCUUACCCAGGAUAACUGGCCUUCGAUCUUAUUUGCUAUGGCUGGGGGAAUUGUCCUUAGCCUUGGGAAUUUAGCAACUCAAUAUGCUUGGGCCUAUGUUGGUCUUUCGGUAACAGAAGUGAUCACUUCCAGCAUAACUGUGGUUAUCGGUACAACCUUGAACUAUUUCUUAGACGAUCGCAUCAAUAAAGCUGAGAUUCUUUUCCCUGGAGUUGGAUGCUUCUUGACUGCAGUAUGUCUGGGGUCUGCUGUACAUUCAUCCAAUGCAGCUGAUAAUGAAGAAAAACUUUGUGGUUCUUCAAGUAGUUGCAAGGGUAACUAAUCAUCAUUUGAAAUCAUUGUGCAAUUAGUUCUUUCUCCUUUUUAUUUUAUUCAUUUUUCUUUUCUUUGAUUUACCUUUGGUAAUCUAGCUAAGGAAUUGGAGGAUGAAAUUUGUCACAUUUCAGACUCGGUUAAGUCAGAAAAAGCAAAAGCUGGAACUGCAGAAUACCUUGUUGAGCUCGAAAACAGAAGAUCGAUCAAGGUACUAGGGGCAAAAACUUUUGUAGGCCUCGGUAUUGUAUUCUUUGCAGGCAUUUGCUUCUCACUUUUCUCUCCGGCAUUCAAUCUAGCAACCAACGAUCAAUGGCACACUUUGAGAGAAGGGGUGCCUCAUUUGGUGGUCUACACCGCAUUCUUCUACUUCUCAAUCUCUUGUUUUAUCAUUGCAAUCAUAUUAAACAUCAGAUUUCUUUACAAGCCCGUGCUUGGGCUUCCAAAAUCGUCCUUCGCAGCUUAUCUUAAAGAUUGGAAGGGAAGGCAAUGGGCAUUAUUAGCAGGGUUGCUGUGCGGAUUUGGUAAUGGGCUUCAGUUCAUGGGUGGACAAGCUGCUGGCUACGCUGCUGCCGAUGCUGUUCAGGCAUUGCCACUCGUCAGCACAUUUUGGGGAAUUCUUCUGUUCGGGGAGUAUCGAAAGUCAUCGAAGAAGACUUACAUACUACUUGUGAGCAUGCUGCUUAUGUUUAUCAUAGCUGUAGUAGUUCUGAUGGCUUCAGCUGGCCACAGGAAGAACACAAGUAGAAGCUAGAAAGAAAACAAUCCUGAGGGAUCUCAUUCUGAUUUCCCCUUUCAUACACAACAUUUGCAAGUUGGUUCAGAUUAGAGGAAAUGCAUCAAUUUAUUAAUUGUGCAGGUUUAGAUGGUUGUAAAUCUAAGAAUUUACAUGGAUAAGGAUGGCGAUUUGCUUGUAUAUAAUUUUGUGAACUUGCCACCUCUGGACAACAAAUGAAACCUCACAUUUGAU